AUAAUCACGGAGAAAGAAGUUAUGAAUUUUACAAUUCAGAGGUUUCUCAACCCGUCCAUCUGCGAGUACCCUAAUUUAGAAGAAGAUUCAAGCUCACUGAAGGAGCGGCCUGAAGCAAAACCCAUCACAGAAGUCAAGAGGAGUUUAUCAUCUUUCCAUAAAGCCCAAGAUCAGGAGAAAUGGCCACGGAAAUUAGGAGUUAUGAUCAAUUCCCCAGAACCGGCCAAACCGACGUCAUCUAUGGAAAGUCUUCAACCAAUUCAACUUGGUUCGACCCAGAGCUAUUUAUGGGAACCAGGAGAUCAUCUUAACCAAUCAGGAGGUAUUCCAGAAGUCCUUAGCUGCACCAGAACCCAGGAGAUCAGUUGGUUCAAUGGAGAAUCACUUAAACCCAACCGGAGCUAUUUAUGGAAAGAUUGGACAAUCUUUCGGUUUGAUUCAUUCCAAGCAAUUCCAAUCCAACCAGGAGAACCAGACGACGUCCAGACAAAACAAAGACAUCCAGGAGACAUUAUACAUGAGCCAGAAGAGUUCUACAACUUCAUCCCAUGCACCAGCCCACAUAGGAAUAAGAAGAUCCCCAUUAUCACCAAACUGCCUUAUUUGGAGUCUUUUGCAUUCAAACUCCAACAGCUCUUUUUCUACCAAGGCAAGGACGAGAUCAGCAUCUACCAAGCAUUCAAGAAGGUCCCAAGAAAGCUCUCUUAUCCCCUUAAACCGUCCAGAUUCAAGCAAAUCAAGUUUCUUCACUUGGAGCCAAAAUCCCACAAAAGGCUCCAACGGCUAGUUUUCGAUUUCUUGCUUAGUUUAGACUUGUUUCCUUUCUUUUCUUUUGUGAACGUUUAGAGUCUUGUAUCUGAGCAUUAUAUAAGCUCAUUGUCGUCCAUUGUAGAGAGGACCCUCAAUCACCAAGUUAAUAAAAAGUUUAUUCAGUUUUUAUCAAAGAUUGUUCUUUGUAUAAAAUAUCGGUCUUUAGGAUUCAAAGAGAGAUUCUUUGUUGUUCUAUUGAUUUCGUGAGUCUAGUUUGUUUGUGCAAAUCAAACAAGCUCAGUACACAGAUUGAGAGAGUCAAUCAAUUCGUUCCAUCCUUCAUCAGAUUGAGAGAUUCAAUCGAAACCUCAUCCGCAAAUCCACUUCAAUCCAUCAUCUGAUCCAGCUUGAGAGAGACAUCAGUCCAGCAAGCAAGAUCCCACCUUCACGCCAUCUCCAUCCCCUGUUCUUGUUGAGAGAGACAUCAGUCCAGCAACUUGAAUCCAUCAGCCAUCUCUAUCCUUCUCUUAUUUUGUUUCAUUUUGCAUCAUAUAGUUCUAGAUUUUCCAUUCAAUAUAAAAACCCAUAAAAAGUCACAUUUGCUUCUGUUCUUCAUUUAUCAUUUAGUUUUCUUUCUGUUCAUCAUUUUGAUUCAUAAAAACUCAUAAAAAUAACUCUCUUUUGUUUCAGGAACCAGAUCGGCCAUCUCCCUCUCCAUCGCGUCCGUCUAGCCACUCCAUAGCCGUCCGUCCGUCCUGUCCAGUCCGAGUUCUUGAACCUCAGUCCGUCCAAUUGAGUAGCCUGAAUCCCAGCCUGCAACAUUUGGUAUCAGAGCUUAAGCUCCUGACUCAGGUGAUAUCUAUCCUUGCAUCUCAUACUUGCUUGCAUUUGUUUUUCCAUUCAUAAACCGAAAAUCCAUAAAAAACUGUUUCUUUUUGUAUCAAUUUUUGUUUCUGCAUAUUUUUGUUCUUGCUGUUCAUCAUACUUUAAAGCCACGAAAAAGAAAAGAAAAAGUUUUGUUUGAUUCAUUUAAAAAUCGAAAAUCCCAAAAGAAAGUGUUUGCAUUCAUUAGUUUCCAUAAAAGAAAAUUCCAUAAAAAUUUCUGUUUUGAAUUUGAUUCCUUUUCAUUUGCAUUCAUAAAUUCAAAAGCCAAAAGAAAUCAUCCUAGUUAUUGUUUCAUACCAUUUCUACUUGUCCAUUUCGUGAUUGCAUCAGAAAAGAAAAAGAAAAUAUUUUUAAGCUUUAGUUUAUAUCAUUUGCAUAUUUAAUUGUUGCAUUUCAUCCAAAGAAAAUUCAAAAAAAAAUUCAGCAUUAGUUUGCUUUCCAUAUUUUCUUUUCAUUUGUGUUAAUUGUCAUUUAUUACUGUUUCAUUUCGAGAUUUGCAUUAAGAAAACCAAAAGAAAAAUCAUUUUUUUCAUAAUUUAUUUCAUUUCGGUUCAACAUUGCAUAUUUUCUCGGUUUAGUUUUAAUUAGCUUGCAUUUUGGUUCUUAUUCUGAUCCGACCAUAAAUUCUGUAUUCUUCACUUGAUCUUUGUGAUUGCUUGCAGGAAGAAAUGGAAGAAUUAGCACAAAGCCAAGCCUUAUUGGCCUCUCAAAAACAGCUAUUGGCUGCUAUGAAGGGUGUACAAGAUCAGAUUUCUCAGCUGGAGAAAAGAAACAAGGCACAAGGCCAACGACCACAGCAAGGAAAAAGAAGAUUUGGAGAUGCACCAGAGGAUGGCUAUGUUGAGCCUAAGCCACCAGAUCCUUCAUGGAUCACCCCACACCAUACUUCUUCAACUCAUAAACACUUAACUCAUUCUUAUCUUUAUUUUAAACCUGUUAAUGAAGUUAAGAUUUAUUCUUUUUCAGGAAGCAGUUGGCCAGAUGACUAUCUCUCAUGGGAAAGAACCAUGGAUGAUUGGUUUUCAUGCCAUGGCGUGCCAAAGAAAGAAAAGCUGAGCCAUGCCAUCAAACAACUCAACGGAAAUGCAUACAAAUGGUGGAAAGGUGUAGAUGGUGCAAGAUGGAAGAGUCAAAGAGAGGCUAUCAAAACGUGGGAAGAUCUUAAAGAGGCCAUGAUCAGGAAGUAUGUAUCCUCACUUCCAACACCAGAGAUUAGAGAAAGGUACCCAAGGAGGUUUCCAAGCCAUGGGUCCAAAGAGGCAAAGAGAGUGGUGCCACAACAAGGCCAUAGAAGCUUGAUCCAUCAAGAACAGAUUCGGCCAAACCAGGGGCACACAGUUCUCUAUGAUCAGUCCCAACCUUAUGAGGUCCAGAAAGACACGAACUCCACAUCCUUGUUGAGAUCCAAAGUUGUCCAUGAUUUAAGUCCAAGAGACAAGGAGAUUUUAAACCCAAAGGAAGAAGCGCCAUCAAGCCAAGGUAAAUCUUCUAAAUCUGAGGAUUUAAAAUAUCAGACAUGUUAUAGAUGUCAUAAGAAAGGACACUAUGCUGUAGUUUGUCCUACUAAGCAAGUAUUGAUAGAAACAUCACUUGAAAAGAAAACAGAUUUAUCUAUGAAGAGUGAUAGUUUUAUUCAAUCUGAUUUGUUGGUUCCAAAUUCUUGUGUAAUGCACUUGUCUUUGUCAAAAGGUGUUUUAACAGGAAUUAAAGAGCAUGAAUUCAAAGGAGAGGAGCCACCAGGCGCCACACCAGUGAUGAACCAGGAGAAGGUUCAAGACACAAUGCAGUCCAUGUUGCUUAAAGAAGCAAAACCAGUAAAUAAAGUAUCAAACCAAGGUAAGUGUCAAACACCACCUAGAGAAACUGGUAUUGACGUGUGUGUUCUUGAUGUAGAGAGUAAAAAUGAAAGCUAUUUGCUUCUGAAGUUCUAAAGAAAGAACCAGACCAUAAGCCCAGCCAUGAACCACCUCACAAGUGGAAGUCUAGUGUUGAACAAUGUGUUCAAAUGCCAAGGCUUAAGGUAAUCUUCUCUGAUCUUAAAACGUCCAAGACACUUGAUUAUCCAGAUAUAAUGCACUUGUCUUUGCCAAAAAGUUUUGAUCCAGGAAUAAAAGAAGUUGAAGUUCAUAACCACCAAGGUCAAAAGAUGCAAAGAAGGCAGCAAACAAAAACAA